UGUUGUUAAGUUCGUGAAGUCCAGCCAUAGUAAACAAAACGCGACGUUGGAUAGGCUAUCCAAUUAAACGGGAUUUAAUGCCAUAAACGCAAACGGCCAAGUUAAAACCGCGUAACUAGUUAGCGAGCCGCGCGUUGCGUUAAAAAUGCAAUGAAAAUUCGAGGUUCCGAGGGAAAAGUAUCCUAUUAUUGAUACAUGAAAAAUUCUGCGUAGCAAACAAACCGGUCACGGCUCGUAUAUGUAUAUAGCCACAGACACCGAUGCACCCACGUACAUACAUGGACGGGGAAAAAGCGUCGCUGUGCAUUUCGUCUGACAAUUGCACGGAGGCACCGUGUGUCUAAAGAUAUAGUGCUUAAUUGCCAUAUUCAUUUAUUUGAACUUCUUCGUUGGCCAGCAGGCGGCCAUAUGUGAUUGCUGCGUCCCUUUUCGGCCCAAACCUCUGCUGCAGGGGUAACAGCGCACCCCGUAUGAACUUGCCUGCGUGCGCGAAAGUGGUGGUGGUGAACUGAAGCCAAAAGCUGAAGCUGAAAUGCUUCCCGUUCUCGUAUUUUGAAUCGCCCUCACAACAUUCUCCGCUACCCGUUCCCCCGCACCAUUUGGUGCUACGUGUUCUACUUUCGGUUGCAACCUCCGCCCACAACGCAGCAGCGACGCCAUUGCCGCCCCGCUGUCCUGAUUUCCUCAACGCCAAGGCAAGUGCAACCUGGACCGAUUUUUCGGGGCGUAUGCUCUGCCCUGUCCUGAAGUCUGCGGAAGAGAGAGGCGGGAUAGCUGAUCGGAGGACCCUGAAUAUUUGCAAUAUGUUCGGGAGCUGUGGCAGCUCUGCUCUUGGAUCCCAGAUGUGUUCCCGGCACGACCAGAACGCUAAUAGCCAGGCCUAGAGAAUUGAGAGACUGUGGCCAGAUGUCGUCUAGCAACGGUGGACUCAGUAAUGCCACAAAUGGGCGCAGCGGCAGUACCGGCAGUGCGAACAUCAAUCUCAACUUUAACAGGCAGGACCGAACUGCUGGACCGGAGAUUGGAGCAGCGGAAGUCAUUACAUCCACGUCAAUUACACACAAAGCAUUGCCGGAGCUAAAGACCCAGAGGAGCAACAGUGCCUGCCAAGCACACGAAUCGCUCUCCACCCUUCGCCGCAGAGUGCAACCGGAAAAAUCUCCAGAGAAGCCCUAUAGCUAUGCGGCUGCCCAGAGCCGGUCCUUGGACAAGUCGCCUAAGGAGGGGCACCUGGUCUACUGUGAAGGCCGGCUUCAUUCGGGUCAGUUGGAGUCGCUGAUCGCCCACAUGGUGCCAACCCAUGAGUACUAUCCGGACAAGGGCUUUGUUUUUGCAUUUCUUCUCAGCGCACGGCUGUUCGUACGACCCCACGAAUUAUUGGCUCAGAUUUCGAAUACCUGGGAGCAGCAACAGCAGGACGUGGGGGUCGGCAGCGAUGUGGUGGACGACGUUGGACAGAUACCCGGACGCCAGCAACUUCUUAGCAUAAACUCAGCGUCGCCACUGACACAGCGAAAGGGGUCUGCGCUAACGGCCGGGCCUAGUUCCGAACUGGAGCCGCGACCACAGCAAAGAACCAACGUGCAACGUUCCGCCCAGCAUUGCAUUCGACUUCUUUCAGAAUGGAUAGAGAUCUUUCCUUAUGACUUUAGAGAUGAGCGGCUGAUGCAACAGGUGCGGAUCUUGGCAAGAAAGUGUGUCUACAUUGACAACUCCCUAGGCAAGCAGGUGUCUCGAAUCCUGCAGCUCCUCGUCUCCCGACUGACAGCCCUCGAACAGUACGAGGAGUUUUUGCAAACUCUUAGCUCUGAGGAAGCGGCAAGUCAGCAACAGCAGUUGCAGCAUCCACAGCUCCACCAUAACCACCAUCAUCACUUGCAAAAUGCCUUCCAGUCUUUUCUGGGCAAUUCAUCUCAUGCAAACGGGUCUGGAAGCGUGCCGAUCAGCGGCACCUCCCAUCCGUCAUCUAGCGCUCAUACCUCUGCAUCCUCUGCUUCGAACUCUAACUCCACAACGCCUCAGCCUGACGAAGUUUUUGGCAUUAUGGACAUGUGUCCAAGCUGCGCCCAACUGGCGCACCAAUUGACGGCCAUUGAGCUAGAGCGCUUGUCGCACAUCGGCCCAGAGGAGUUUGUUCAAGCCUUCGCUAAGGAUUACCAGUCGCAGGGCAACGACAGUGUUAAGGAUGGCAACAGAAGUAAGGGUAGUGGGAGUUGUGGCGGAUCGUUAAACGACAUGAAAAAGACACGCAACUUGGAGUCGUAUGUGCAGUGGUUCAAUCGACUCAGCUACCUAACGGCUACAGAGGUGGUAAAGUAUCCGAAGAAGAAACAGCGUGUGCGGGUCAUCGAGUAUUGGAUUGAGACAGCUCGAGAGUGCUUCAACAUUGGCAACUUCAAUAGUCUGAUGGCCAUAAUAGCUGGUCUAAAUCUGGCGCCCAUAGGCAGACUCAAGAAGACGUGGGCCAAAGUUCAAUCAGCCAAGUUCUCCGUGCUGGAACAUCAAAUGGAUCCAACAUCAAACUUUAACAGCUAUCGCUCCACGCUCAAAGCUGCCAUGUGGCGAUCUGAGGGGGCCACAGAGGAGCGCGAACGAAUAAUCAUUCCAUUUUUUAGUUUAUUUGUAAAGGAUCUGUACUUUUUGAAUGAGGGCUGUUCAAAUCGUCUGCCCAACAAUCAUAUCAACUUCGAGAAGUGUUCUCAGCUAGCUAAGCAAGUGAUGGAGUUCAACGAGUGGAAGAAGGUUAGUUGUCCCUUUGAGAAGCUGGCGAACGUCAUUGCCUAUCUGCAGCACAGCGCAGUGCUUAAUGAGAACACACUGUCGAUGGCCUCCUUUGAAUGUGAGCCGCCUGAAAAUACGGAGGAGAAGGACCGCUACAAGACGGUAAAGGCGGAGACAAAACAGCAGCUGCUGCAACAGCUGCAAGAACAGCAACUCCAAUCACAGUAACCACCAUUUAGAUGGUUGACUAAGCUACGCUUAAGUGCUUGCCAUGAUUAUUUUUCAAUUAGAUUCGUGAGACUGUUAGACCGGUCGGAAUUCGUUAGCGUAAGUUGAUGCUAGAGAUAAGAACAAAAUUGAGGCGACAAAUCGGAAAGCACUUCCUAGUGCUUGGCUCUUUCCUGCAAAAGAAAAGCUUUUGAAGCUAAAGUCAUAUACAUAUAUUGCCAAUAAUCUGGCUUACUAAGUGUUUUUGUUUCCAGACUUCUUGCUAAUGGCAGGUUCCAGAAUACCGAUCUUCAAAAUGUUGCCAGUAUUUUAAAUUAUUUUAUUAGACUAGUUUGCUAAUGGUGGCAGAGAACGAAUGUACUUAAAGCAUUUUAUUUUAAGCAGCUAACGCAAGCUAACUAAUUGUUAAUGUGUAACUUUUGUAUUGCAAAAACAUUUUUAAUGUCAUAAUUUAUGUUCAAAAACGUUUGACAACGCCGCCCGGGUGCGCGGUAUUCGUAAGUGACCAGUAUUUAUAUUUAUAUUUAUAUGUACACAAUUUUAUAGCUAAAUGAAAUAUUUUUAAUGCUCCCCAAUAAUCAUAUUCAUCCGGGUAUAUUUCGACGGAUAUUAGGAUGCAUUAGUCCCGAGGCUUUUUUGCAUCAGUAACACAUAACACCAAGUUAGCAGUCGCUGAGCAAAAACACGUUCGAAUAAUGAAGAGUAUAAAUGUGUAGGGGUGCAACAAGAACAAAAAUCGUACGUUUGCUGCGAGUAGUGAUUUUUCACUAUUAACGUUGUGCGAUUACGGAGGAAAUCAUAAAUGAUAUUUACUAUAAAGAAACUAAAUACAACAUAUUUGAUUCAAAACUGCUUACGAAUAAACAAAU